UCAAUAGAUGAAGUAUUUGAAGGAUUUGAGGAUCCCUUCUCAAACCUUCAAACUGCCAAUGCACAAUCAUCGUUUAUUCAAAAGAACAUGAAAUAUGUUCAGCCGGUUGAAUAUAUCCUUGGUAGAAAUAUUGGGUUCAAGAACAAAGGAAACAAGUGGCAGAUGUGUGAAACAGAUGACACAAUGGUUUAUAUUCCUAUCCUAGAAAGCAUCGAGCAACUUCUCUCAAAUCCAAGAACCUAUGAUUUAGUAAGAAACCAUUUGACAAAGUCCAAAGAAGGGAUAUUGUACGAUAUAAGAGAUGGUUUAUGCUGGAAGAGUAACCCUAUAUUCCAGCUAAAUGCUGAUGGUCUUCAAGUAGUUCUAUACCAUGAUGAGGUAGAGCUGUGCAACCCUCUGGGAAGUCACAUGGGAAAACACAAGGUCGAUUUGUACUAUUAUUCAUUGGGUAACAUUGAUCCAAGGUUUCGGUCAAAACUUUGCGCAAUCAGAUUGGUCGCCAUUGUUAAGGCACGCGAUGUUGCUAAAUAUGGUCAUGGUAAAAUAUUGACACCAAUUGUGAAUGAUUUGGAGAAACUAGCUGCUGGUCACAUUUUUGACAUAGAUAGAUGUUCAGUGAAGUUGUAUGGUGCUGUGGUCAGUUGUAUCGGUGACACAGAAGGACAGCAUCAAUGGGGUGACUUCAAGGUGGGCGUUGGAUUUGCGCAUCAGAAGUGUCGAAACUGUCUUUGUAGGUUUGAAGACAUGCAAGAGAAAUUCACUGCCACUCAGUUCACUUUGCGAAAUUUGGCCCAAUAUGAACAGCAUUGUCAAGAUAUUGAAGAUUCACCAACAGAAGCCAUGAAAAAGGACCUCCAAACAACAUAUGGAAUUGUGGACAGGAGUAUCUUAAGUGAACUUAGUCAUUUUGAUAUCACUGCACAACUCCCCCAGGAUAUCAUGCAUGUGCUGCUUGAAGGAACUGUGCAAUACGAAGUUCGUUUUAUAUUGCAACAUUUCUUUGACUCGGGCGUCAUUACACUAAAACAGUUGAACAGUUUAGAUUAG